AUGGCUCGUAGAUACGAUUCACGAACUACUAUCUUCUCACCAGAAGGGCGGCUUUACCAAGUCGAAUAUGCUAUGGAAGCAAUAUCUCACGCUGGUACUGCUUUGGCAGGAAUUACUGCAGAUGCUAACAUUCUCAUAAAUUAUUCGCGGCAAGCUGCUCAGCAAUAUCUAAUCGGUUAUAACGAAGACAUUCCUGUUGAACAAUUAGUACAAAGAUUAAGUAAUUUGAAACAAGGAUAUACACAAUAUGGAGGUCUUCGUCCAUUUGGAGUCUCAUUCAUUUAUGCUGGAUACGACAGUCACUUUGGUUUUCAACUUUAUCAUUCUGAUCCCUCUGGUAAUUAUGGUGGAUGGAAGGCUACGUGUAUUGGAGCCAAUAACGCGUCAGCUCAAUCACUACUAAAACAGGAUUAUAAAGAUGAUAUUUCCCUCAAGGAAGCAAAGGAAUUGGCGGCAAAGGUGUUGAGUAAAACGAUGGAUUCUACUACGUUAAGCAGCGAAAAGCUGGAAUUUGCAACGAUCUGUCUUAAUGAAGAAGGGAAAGUAGUAUAUCAUCUUUAUAAACCAUAUGAAAUUGAUGCUUUAUUGAAAGAACUUAAUUUAGGUGGAGUUUAUGAGCAAGAAACGGUAAAAGAGUACGAACGACGGGCACGAGAACGAGCGCGACUAGAGCGUGAACAAGAGGAUGAUGGAGAUCGCAAACAGAAGGGCGUAAGGGCAAAGUUCUUAAAAGAUGCGGAACCCGAACAACCACGAGACUUAUUGAAAGCUCGUACAGAAAAAGUUGUAUUAGACGCAAAUUUAAACAAAACUCAAGUUGUAGUAUCAACCAGUGUUGCAUCCAAACAACCCGGUUUCUAUUGUAAAGAAUGCGAUUGUGUUGUCAAAGACAGUGUAAAUUAUUUAGAUCAUAUUAAUGGAAAAAAACAUCAACGUAAUUUGGGAAUGUCAAUGAAAGUUGAACGCAGUUCUUUAGACCAAAUUAAGACAAAACUUGCUAAUAUGAAAAAGAAAAAGGAUGAGGGACCUCAAGUUUACGAUUUCGAUGCACAAAUAGAAAAGUAUCAAAAGAAAGAAGAGGAAGAUAAAAAGCGUAGAAAGGAACGUAAAAAAGCCAAAAAGAAAGGAGAAAUAGGAAAAAAUGAAAUUAAUGAAGAAGAAGAAAUAGAUGAUGGAGUUGAUCUUGAAAUGGCAAAAUUAAUGGGUUUCAAUGGCUUUGGUUCAACUAAAUCAUGA